AUGUGGCUUGUCAGCGGCAGUGGGAGCCUGGCGCCCUCACGUCAGUGCCUGGCCGAACCUCAUGGCUACCUUCCCAAGACAAACUAUUUGCAGCCUUUGCUGCCCUUGAUUCUUACACAGCUGCUGUCACAAUCCGCUAUCUCCACCGUCUGCGAAUAUCAUCUUUCCUCACACGUACUCCAAAACCCGAACCAACCAAACCUCCGAGAUGACGAUGCGGUGAGCAAAGAGUCGGCGUCCGAGACUGCCACCAGUGCCGCGAGCUCCCCGGAUGAGCCAUAUUCACAGUCGGCCAAGGCCAGUAGCCCAUCGCCCUCGUCCGCAGACAGCGAACCAACCAACACUGCUGCCUAUGACUGGGAAGAGAAGGCCAACUGGGACAUCAAGAAGUUCACCGAGCUCCCAUACUCCAACUUUGGCGUCAACCAGCAUAUGAUCAUUGAUCGCGAAUUCAAGGAAUGCAUGCGUCAGCUUCUCUGGAAGUUCCGCGCGCCCAUUCGAUAUGCCUUUGCCUAUGGAUCUGGCGUCUUUCCUCAGUCACAGGGCGACAAGGCCACCGAGUCUGAGUUCAAGGCGGUUCACCCCAAUGCCCCUGUUGCUGUGCAAAGAGCGCAGAAAAGCUCUCCGAAGAUGAUUGACUUCAUUUUCGGAGUGUCACAUACCCAGCACUGGCACUCACUCAAUCUGAUGCAACACCGUAACCACUACUCGGCGCUCGGAUCCCUUGGAUCAGGCGCCGUCUCUGCGGUGCAGGAUAAAUGGGGUGCGGGUGUCUAUUUCAACACCUACGUCACGAUAGAGGGUAUUACUAUCAAAUAUGGAGUUGUCACCUUGGAGACUCUCAAGAGAGACUUGCGGGAAUGGGACACAUUGUACUUGGCCGGUCGUCUCCACAAGCCGGUCAAGAUUCUUCGCGACGAUCCCCAAGUGCGCAUGGCCAACCAGAUAAAUUUAAUGUCUGCACUCCGAACGGCACUACUCCUACUCCCGCCAACAUUUACCGAACGUGCGCUGUAUUCGACCAUCGCCGGUAUAAGUUACCUCGGCGACCCUCGCAUGGCUUUCCCAACGGAGAAUCCCCAAAAGGUUGCCAAUAUCGUGAGCAACAACAUGCAGAACUUUCGCCGUCUUUACGCCCCCCUGGUUGAAUCUCUGCCCAACGUCACCUUUGAUGAUCCUGCUUGUAAUGAGCCUGAUUGGGUAUGGAAUCAGGACUCCGUCCUGAAGCUGCAGCAGGAUAUGGACCCUGUCAAGCGUGGUAACAUGGUUCGCCGUCUGCCCAAGGCUUUCCGCGCAAAGCUUUACUUCGAGUAUCAGAAGGAGCUGCAGAUUCCUCAGCUCGAUUUCAACAAGCUGAUGGAGGAGAGCAAGAAUGAAGACGCUGGGUCCUUCAAGCGACAACAGGGUGGAGGCUUCGAGCAACGCAUAGCGCAAGACAACCCUUCGCAGCUCCGGACGCACGUCCGCCACGUCAUCAAGAAGACGAUUAACUGGCCCAGCACCACCCAGAGUUUGAAGGGUCCCUUCACAGCGGGCAUGCGUAAAACCAUCAGAUACUUGGGCGAGAAGAUGGCCAACUACCAACAGGGAAAGAAGCAGAAGCCCGAGAGCGAGAAAUCUGCUUGA